AUGACCCUCUUAGUCUACAUCAGGCAGAUUCCGGACCGAUCUCUUUGUCAGGAACCUUCCGAUAGCCCUGGUGAGGAGGCGAUGAUGCUCUGCCGGCUGCUGUUGGGCGCUGAACUGGCGGGUGAGGUAUACUGUGCCAUUCCUGGGUCUCCUCUGCUUGUUUGUUUAAUCCGGACGCUGUUCAGGCAGCCGUUCCCAUGGGACAUCGCACCCUUAGGCAUUCUUCAGGAACGCUGGUUGAGCGCUCUACCUGGCGACCUAGUGCUCAUCAGGUAUUCACAAAGAGCAGUAUUAAUUGCGUGGGGGUACGGGGUAAAGAAGUAA